CUCUUGACCCCUGACAAGAACUAAACAAGGUGCGGGGCCCCAAGACAACUUCUGCCGACCCAACAACCUUUGGACCCUCCAAAAAGACGCCACGAUUUCACGAUUCCACGACAAACUCCCGGAGAUUAAAUUCACUUGGUAUUAGUAGGUGGUGUUAGACGCGCCCAGUCUUUCAUCUUGUCAUACCUCCGCAACUUCUAUGGCCUCCUCUUGUCUGCCGUGUCCCCAUGUCGGAUCAUCGAAUGGCGCCGAAAUCAGAUACUGAUACAAGAGAAGAGGAGCGCCUUGCCGCCUGCUUCAACUGUAAGAAAUCCAAGCUCAAAUGUGUCCGGCCUAGCGGGUCCUCAACCUGUACGAGAUGCACUCAGCGCUCAAUUCAAUGUUCCGCGCCGCUCUUUCACGUAGGUCGACAUAAGGGGGUUAAGAACAAGCAUUCGGGGCUAGAAAAGGCCGUCUUUCAGAUUGAGCAGGCCUUAAGAAGGUCUAGCUCUGGCGCUUUGGAUCAGAUACAGACAGCUGAUCAAGCUACCGAAUUACGAUUUCUGCUCGAGAGGAGCCGAGAGAUUUUAGGUAGUGACAAUGCAUUCUCCCGGCGUAUAUCGUCCCAGAAUGGUAUGGAGCACGAUCAAGCGUCUGUGUCUCCCCAGCAGACAUCGACUUCAUUAGGAACAUCACCAUCCCAAACUUGUUCGCGUGACGACUCGGCAGUGCACACUAAGGUUGAGGAAGACCAGCUAAGUCUGGACGACGCCGAGAACCCGUUGCAACUGCUCGCCCGGACGUCUGAGCUCCUAUCAUCCAUAACACCACAGAUGCAAGGGACCGGAGCAGGACGACUACUCUCUAAAUCAACAACUAAUCGUGGUGUGGCUGGGGAGGGCGAUGAUCUACAGAAAUUCUUCGGUCGUUUCCAAGCGCGACUGGAUGUUGGCGAGGACCUUGACCCCAUUGAAUUGGGACUCAUUACCCUCGCAGAGGCAGAAACAUUAUUCUCUUACUUCUACGAAAAACUCGCGCAUACGCGCUGGGGCAUUGACCCCGUCAUACACACCGUAGACUUUGUUCGAGGUCGUUCAGCUUUUCUGUUGACCUCGAUAGCUGCCGCAUCAGCACUUUUCUCUCCGUCCAUGGAGUCAUUAUAUAAAAGGCUUUCAAAUCAUCGGCAAAAGCUCGCCAGUCUUAUCAUGGCGAAACGCUACAAGUCCGUGGAGAUUAUUCUAGCGUUUAUGGUCAAUAUACCAUGGAUCUCGGCCGGUGAGCAUUGGGCCGACGAUGAAACCUCGACAUACCUUUCUAUGGCCCUAACGAUCGCCUUGGACUUGUCCCUGAACAAGGUUAUACUACCUCCAUCCACAGAGCCGCGGAGCCCGAGGGACACUAUUGCUACAUCUGAUUGCAUAUCCGGCCGAAAAGCGCUUGGCAUAGACGGUUUUAGCGAUAUUGAUCCAGACUCUCCGAGGGGCCGCAGGCUUCUGAGAAGAAGGGAGAGGACUUGGCUAUCUCUAUUUGUUCUCGAAAGAGGUGUCUGUCUCGCGAGAGGAAGGAAUUAUGUCCUACCAAUGUCGCCACUUAUAGAGAAUUGCGAUCAAUGGCAUCUAAGCGACCUGGCUGAUAGAUGGGAUGGCUCAAUCGUCUCGGUGGCGGUUCUGAGGAGAGACUUGGCAAAUCUGAUCUCAAAAGUAAGAUCAAUAUGUGACAGUUAUGUCAACGGUAACAGCGAAUUAUCUGUUGUUGAUAGAGUAAAAAAUGAAAUCACCCUGUUCUUCGAUCGGUGGUAUCAAACUUGGCCUUUGCAAUUAGGGGAUCGCGAGCGUCAGUCUUUCAACUCCGACAAGCUAUUACGUGCGGGUUGGCUAGCUAACUUCAAUACAGAACUUUCGUUGCCUCCGUACGUUGAGAUUCUCGCAUCUCAUACACGGUUAUCCCUAUAUAGUUCUGUGAUUAACCAUGGCACUGCGCCUGUGGGGGCACGCCAUUUCUUCCGUGCCGCUGGUCUCUCGUCUGCGCUGAAUGUCUUGCGAGUGGCUGUUCAAGGUGAAGGGCAGCUUAGAUCGAUGCCCAACAAUACCGCCAUCAUGAUAUCCUUCGCCGCGUGCUUUGCCCUCAGAGUCAGCACGGUUGCUGAUGGUCGAAGCUCGAGUCUGGCACCUAGCAUCAGGGCUCUAAUAGCAGAGACUACGGAUGUGCUAGAGAGAAUAGGAUCAACCCCGAUCCAACGGAAAGGUCUUUCUUGUCUAUUUGCCGGACAGUUGAGACAGAUACUGAAGUACGCAUCGCGGGCUUCAGAAGCAGCACAGGCUUUACCGGAGCUGAACGGAGACGUGACGAAGCACGCCUCCAUUUAUACUGAUUUAAAUGCCGCUCACAUGGCAAAUCAUCAAGGGGCGAUACAAAUGCCGGUGGUAUCGUCAAGUUUACCACCGGACUAUUUAUUAUUCUCUACCAUGUCUAACGAAAACCAGCUAGACGAGGCCAUCCACAGCACCGACAUUGGGCUUAAUGCGUUUUGGGAGGAUUUCCAGUUCCAAAGCGCUGACUUGGACUGGAUGGACUGGUCAACUUUCAGCACUUAGAUGUACAAAUUCCAUGUCCCAUGUCUAUCGUUUGGGCAGCAUGGCGUUUCGGCGUUCACGGAUUAAAGGGAGCAUCAAUGUGGUGGUGUUGGGCACGGAAUAGGAGGGCAUUUGGGUAAUAUCGGUUCAACGCAUUGUCUAUUAUGAUAGCCUUAGUCUUCCCAACGUUUCUAAGAUAAGAGACGAACUGAUCACACCCUACCAAGACCCUUCUCGCAUAAGGUACUACGAAGGGUUGCAAGGAUACGUUGAUUAAAAAUAACGAUGAUUAUCUUACAUACGACUCUGUUUACUAAGGAAAUUAGGUUAGGAGAUUUCCAACCAUUAUAAGCAUGAUGAGUUUCUAGAACAGUGUUCGAAGGUCCGCUACGAUGCAGCCUAGAAGCAUGGUAUUUUUAAUACUCCGG